AUGAAAGCGCCGUUAAUCGUCUCCGUGACCUGUUUGUUUCUUCUGACCGCUGGUCAAAAUUCUGCGAGUCAGCGAACAUGCAAAAUAUCGAAUCCGGAACAACACUUACAUCAGUUGAAUAUCUUCUGGAGGGAACUGCGUUUCAGGGCAGCUCUAGGUCGAAAAUACCAAACACAGUAUUUGGGCCCAGGAGGAGAAAUGUAUGGUCUUAAACUCACGGACUCCCUACAAAAAGAAGCUCAAGAGAUGUUGGAGCGCCGUUCUACAUCGGAACCGUUCAUCAAAUUUCAAGGUAUGCUCGAGAGUGAAUAUCCUACAUACACCUCUGUGCACGCUUUGGCAGCUCUUGUUAGAAGCAACGGGACAGUUUUGAAACAGAUGAUAUAUCCAAAAGCAACACGCUAUGGCUGCUGGGUUGAAGGCGUUAUAAAAGAAUCUAAAUGUUACGUGGAAGGUGUCUGCCUGUUUGACAAAAAGGCUCCUGAUGAUUUUGAUAUAGAAAAAAUAGGAGACAAGGAAAAAUGUAGAACUGGACAUGAUGAAGGUUGUGACUAUGUGACACCAGCGACAUGUCAGUAUCCCUUGUGUUACAUCAAGGAGAACUGA